AUGGGGGUAAACAAGGAGUUCCGGGCCGCCAUCUUCGAUGAGAUCGACCUCACUGACUUGAGCUUUGCGGAGGGGAGUAUCAAGAACGCCAACCAUAGCUUCCAGGUGAUCACCCCGUUCCGGCGCCUGGUGCUGUGCGCCGCGUCGCGCCGCGACAUGGAGGAGUGGAUCGGCGCGCUCAAGGCCGCGGCCGCCCGCGACUUCUACGAAGCGGGCGACCCGCAGGGCGAGCUGCUGUCGGGCCGCCACCGCUGGUACGCCGCCUCGCACGCGCGCCCCACCUACUGCAACGUGUGCCGCGAGGCGCUCUCUGGUGAGUGA